AUGUUAGACUUGAACGAGCUCAUUCAAGGAGAUCCUGAUGAUCCUGCCACUCAACUUGAGGCAGGUGAUGAUGAUCACUACGAUUCAUCCUCCGAAGAGCAUGAUAGUCCGCCUUCCACCCAUAUGGAAAUCACCGAUCCCAACAACAUGUUUGCCGCUUUACCCGCCCACGAUGUCACCAUGACCGAUCAAUCCUCUUCCUCUUAUCCUAACACAAAUAUCGAGCAAAUUUGCUCUGAUCUUCAAUCCAAAUUGAAGCUCAAUCCUGAGCAUCUGGAGAUUGCUCUUCUCGAAAGCAAGGCUACUCCCGAAGCGAGACACGCGAGCUUGGUCUUUACAAAUGGUGCGUAUCACCAAAUCAACUAUCAAGACAGCGGUUCACAAAAAGCGGGCUUUGCGUAUGGCAGCACUUUCAGAGACUUCGUGAGAGCUAGCGCUCGAAUGUUCUUACUCAAGCCAACCCUUGAGGCGUACUCCAACAAUCCACACCAAAACGGCGAAAUACCGAAAACCUUAUUCUACCUGACACUUGAUGCUGUUGAAAAACAGCCUGAUGCAUGGAAGACUGAUCACCUUCCAACCAGCGGACUUCGGGCCAAUCCGGAUGUCCUUAACCACUAUCGCGAGGUCAUCGGCGACCUUUUAAAAUACCAACGCAGUAAUUUGCGUACACUGUUGUGUUAUUUCUUUCUCCUAGCAGACAUCCUUGUGACCAAGAAGAAACCGGUGGUUGGGGUAAUUCCUAAUCGUGGGGAGUUGUUGGCUUCGAUUUAUGAAGAGCUCCCACCUAAAUCGUCAAAGCUCAACAAGUCCGAAAUUAAGCAUCAAGUCCGUUCAAACUUUGCCAUGCGAGCUCGAAUGUGCUAUGCCCGUCUGGUCAUGGUGCAUUACUAUGUACACAGGUCUAAGAAAGAAUCUCAGUGGGUCGAAAUCGACGAGCGAUUGGGUAUUCUCCGAGGAUCAUCUUUUGAUUUCCAAAAGAAACAUGCAGACGUUGUCUUGGAAAAAGACGCGGCACUCUUCUCACACAAGAAGAAGUUCUGUGAUCUUUCACACACAGACCUCACCGUUCCUACCCUUGAAGAUGUCCGAAAUGCGAUUGCUACUGCUCACUCUCCAGGUUUGAAUGAAUAG